CCCUCCCACUUUUUUCCGCUUAGUUGACCGACUUCGCUGGUUAAUAGCAGCUCAACCCCCCACUCCCCUUCUCCACUUGUAUCUAUCUAUCUAUAUAUAUACUGCUUACAUCCACACCGUUUUUCACUCACUCUAUCAAACUUCAAACUUGUUACUUUUUCUAUCAAUCUUUCCUUGUAAACCUUUUUGAAGAAUAUGGCACUUGAAGCUCUGAAUUCACCUACCAUGCCUACACCUUUCACCAACAAAUACGACGACGUCGACACUUGGAAGAAAGGCAAACGUUCAAAGCGACUACGGACCGACUCCCCUACUACCCCCACCACCGAAGAAGAGCAUCUUGCUCUCUGCCUCAUCAUGCUAGCUCGUGGCUCGCCCCAGGGCGCUGCUCAUCAUCAUCCUCACUCUUCCUCCUCAUCUGCUCAUCCUCUUCAUUUGAACUUGUCAUACAAGUGCAGCGUCUGCAACAAGGCUUUCCCGUCUUAUCAAGCUCUGGGUGGGCACAAAGCCAGCCACCGUAAACCCUCCACCGCCCAAAACCCAUCUAUAACCACUGAAACCAACGCCGCCGGCAGUAGCGGGAGGGGUAGGUCCCAUGAGUGUUCCAUCUGCCACAAGUCUUUCCCUACGGGACAAGCCUUGGGAGGCCACAAACGCUGCCACUACGAAGGUGGCAACAACAACAGCAGCAGUUACAAAAGCGGUAGCGUGAGUGGGGUGACGUUGUCAGACGGCGGCGCGUUGAGCCAAAGCCACCGUCUCAACUUUGACUUUGACCUAAACAUGCCCGCUUGUGUGGAAAAUGAAGAUGGAAGAUUUGGUCAAAUCUAUGCAGAACAAGAGGUGGAAAGUCCAUUGCCGACCAAGAAACCCCAUGUCUUGAUGGUUAAGGAAUAAUUGAAUUUACAAUAUAUAUAUUGAAUAAGUUCUGGGAUUUAUAUCUUUGAUGAAUUGUUGGGUACAGUGAAUGCUUUCAUUGUUGUGAAAUCUCCCAAUUGCAGUCAGCUGCUGGCAAUUCAUUGAUUUAUUUGUUUAAGCUGAAUUGAAUUUUUUUUUCUUUUGAUUAUUCAAUUAAAACCCAAAGAAAUUCCUUAGUAUAAAUGGUAA